AUGAACCAACAUCACCUGAAAGAUCACCUGAAAGAUAGUCCGGACUCCAAAACUCUUACGGCUCACAGCAUAUUCGCCAAAGCACGUGAAGAGCUAAUAGCAAAAGAGAAAUCUCUCCGCAGCGACCACAAGUUCCGCUCCAGUCUUUCCCCAACAGCUCAAAAAGCCUGCACAAUCGUCUCAAAGAUCAGAGCCGAGGAACGAAAGACAAUAUGGUCCACCGCCUAUUCUCCAGAUCUCCAAAAAACGGAGAUCUUUCCAGGAAUGAUGUUCAACAUCGCCAAAGAAUACAUGGAAGCCACUAAACUCUGGAAAAUCGUGCUCAAGAUGCCGAAAGGAGCUCUGCUGCAUUGCCAUCUCGGAGCCAUGGUGGAUUUGGAUUGGGUGUUCAAUGCUGCGUUGAGCGAGAAGGGGAUGUGUAUCAGUGCCACGGAACCACUUUCCAGUCCAGACGUGAGGGAAACGACAGGAAUCAAAUUCGCAUUCUCGAAAUCCCCCAACGAAAGCACCGGCAGUAUUUGGAGCGAACAGUAUGAGCCGAAUACGCUUGUGCCUGUUACUCUGGCAGCGGAUUCCUAUCCAGAUGGAGGAAGAGAAGGCUGGGUGAAGUGGAUGAAAGACCGCUCUUCGGUCACUCAGGCCGAGUCCCUGGACCACCAUCUCGGCAUCGACGACGUGUGGCGGAAACUCAAUGCAGCGUUUGCUAUUGUACCUGGUAUCGUGUACUACGAGCCUAUCAUGCGCAAGUUUUUACGGGAGUUCUUCCGCACGCUGCUCAAGGACGGUGUUUUCUGGGUGGAGUUUCGUACCGCGCCUUUUACGCGGUUUGUGCUUGAGGGGCAAGAGGAAGCUUGUGGUGAUGCGAGCGGUGUGAUGAGGGCUAUUGCGGAGGAGGUUGAGGGAUUCAAGAACAGUGAGGAAGGGAAGGGAUUUUGGGGGGUGAGAGUCAUAUGGGUGGGGGAUGAGACAUUGGGAUGCGGAUGCCGUUGUGAAAGGCAAGUUGACCAGAACUCGAAUUUGUGA